AUGGAAGAACAUGCAAGUGUUGGUGCAACAUAUAGGGGAGUUCGAAAGAGGAAAUGGGGGAAAUGGGUAUCGGAAAUCCGGGAGCCUGGGAAAAAGACGCGAAUAUGGCUUGGGAGCUACGAGACGCCCGAAAUGGCUGCCGCAGCCUAUGACGUGGCGGCAUUGCACCUGCGAGGACGGGGUGCCCGGCUCAACUUCCCGGAGCUGGUCGACAGUCUUCCCCGUCCGGCAAGCUCCAGCCCGGAGGACGUCCAGUUGGCGGCUCAACAAGCAGCAUUGAGGUUUAGAAGGCCGACAAUGAAGAGUUCGGAGGUUACCGGAACUGCACCGGAUGGUUUGGGUUUGGGUCCGGUUCGGGUCGGGUUGUCGGCGAGUCAAAUUCAGGCGAUUAAUGAGUUUCCGCUGGACUCGCCGACGAUGUGGAUGGAGCUGGCAGCUGACCAUAAUUUUCAUCAUUAUGAUUCUGUGAUUUAUGAUGAUUUUGAGUUGAGCGAGGGAGAAGAGAUGCAGCUCGACUCCAUUUGGGAUUAA